UGUCAUUCUUGUCAGAUUUGUAGGUUGGUUUUAGUGGCUGCGGAAUGGGGAUUUAUGUUUAUAAUUAAACUAUUUGUAUUUACACGCCAGUAUAUUUCUCUGCCAGAGUAUCAGAAUCAAACGACAAAUUGAUCCAAUUGCAAUAAAUCUGCAAGAUGAACAUAGUUAAGAGUAUCUGGCGCUCGGCCCCAGUCGUCCGAAGCACCUUACUUACCAAUCAGAAUUUUAUAAGACCCCUUGCGACCGCCACAGUUACUCCAAUAAAACCAGUGGAAAAUGUAGCUCCACCAGCAGCUGUUGAGUUGGACAAGCUGUAUAAAAGGGUAGAAUUGGAGAUGAGGGGCAUAGAUCCAGCUGUUUUGUUGAGUUACUCGUGGUUUUGUGUCGCAGCCGCAGCGAAUUUGGGGAUCGAAGUUACGAAAAGUUGGGCACUCAGAAAAGCUGAGAAAGAACGACACACCCUGCUCCGUUGUGUACACAUCUACAAAAAACAUAAAGUCCAGUACGAAAUCCGUACAUACUUUAGAUUCAUACAUUUACAAAGACUAACCGGUUCCACAGCCGAUACAUAUUUGGAGUACAUAGAACGAAAUCUUCCGGAGGGAUGUGCAUUGAAAGUGACCAAAGUUGAAUGCCAGAAGAUCCCAGACCAUAUUACACCCCCUAGCAAAUAAGUUAUGAUUUAUGUAGUAUAGAUAUAUUUAGUUAAAUAAAAGUUGAAUUUUA